CUCCCCCUCUCCCCGCAGCGGCGCAGGCCCGGCGCUGCUGCUCCGAGGGCUGAGUCCCUUCAACAACAUGAGCGUGCGAGUUACUUCAAAGACUUCUCAUAGGACUUAAUACAGUCCUGCUUUGUAAAAUAGCAGUUUCUCUGAGCCUAAGCCUAGGGCUGACUUCUCGGGAGGAGGUGUGAAAACCCUCCACUUCCCUGCUCGUGUAGGGAGCAGCUCCAGGAUCCUUUUCCAGAAGGAUGAGUAAGUUUCAUUCCAAAAAGCUCAAGAUAUCCAGUAGGCAGUAGGAGUGAGGACUGGAAUUGCAAGGAUGCCUUGCAGGAAAUGACAUCCCUGGCACUCAGUAAGGUGUAAGGACUGCGUCACAGAAAAAGAAAGAUUAACUUUUUGAAGCUUGCAUAGUAAAUUGGUGACAAACCUAGAAGAACAAUCGCAGGUUACGUAGUUGCCUCAAAUACAUACUGUUGACUGGAACAGACUACUCUUCAUCUUUCUGAACUAUGCCAAGAAAAAGAAAGCUGUUGGCUCAGUUAAGUGCUCUCCAAAGCAACUCCAGCUUCCCUCCAUUUGAUGCCUUGGAGAACUUGAACGCUACACCUGAUGGGGAUUCUUCUCCAAAAAGCAGCAAAUAUUUUGCGAUAGAGAAAAAAAAAUCUUCCCAGCUAGAAGAUGAUUUUUUCAACCAGCCCUGUAUUAGUCUGGCCAAGUCCUUUCUGGGACAGAUUUUAGUUCGCAAACUUCCUGAUGGCAGAGAACUCUGGGGGAGGAUUGUUGAAACAGAAGCUUAUCUGGGUGGGGAAGAUGAGGCUUCCCACUCAAAAGGUGGUAAGCAAACUCAACGAAAUGCAGCAAUGUUCAUGAAACCAGGAACUCUGUAUGUGUAUCAGAUCUACGGGAUUUAUUUCUGCGUGAAUGUUUCCAGCCAAGGGGAAGGGGCUGCAGUAUUACUUCGCUCUUUGGAACCUCUUCAGGGUUUAGAUGCGAUGAGAGAGCUGCGCAGUGCUUCAAAGAAAGGACCCACAAAGCUGCUGAAGGACUGGCAGCUGUGUAAUGGGCCCUCCAAGCUCUGCCAAGCGUUUGGGAUUGAUAAGGCUUUUGACCAAAGAGACCUGACUCAAGAUGCAGCCAUCUGGAUGGCACCUGGACAUGACCUACCAGGGGAGCAGGACGUGGUAGCCACAACAAGGAUUGGUAUUGGCAACAGGGGAGAGUGGGCACAGAAACCUCUCAGGUUUUAUUUACGAGGAAACAAAUUUGUGAGUGUUGUAGACAAGAAAAGAGAGAGAGAGAUGGCAGCAAUGGGACACUCCUCUUACAGCUGACAAGUCUCACAAGUGUGCUACUGACCAGGACUUGAGCUGUGCUCUGUGUGAUAGCUUCAAGCUGUCAUGGCAGCAGCUAGGGCAGGCAUAGUGGCUCAGAGGUUUUUUAACAAUAAAUGUACUUUAUCACAAUGAAUGGGGCAAGGUGGAAUUUUAUUUGUGAGGCAGACUAGCAUGGAUCUCCUAGCCAGAGCUGAGGUUGGUUUUGGACAUUGAAGGCCACUUUCUCCCUUGCCAAUGGAGCCAGGCUUAAUUAAGGUCAAUGAGUGGUGAAGGUUCAUGGCUCUGACCUGCUGUGCUGCUCCCACCACCCCUGGCCCUCAAUAGAGGCCAUCACUUGGUUGCUGCAGAGGAAUAGUCAAAAGACUGGAUGGCAGCAGGGCUGACUGAAAGCUUGCAAGCUGGGAGAAGAGGAGGUAAAGGAGGGAUCUUACUGUUGUCUACAACUACCUAGUGGGAGGGUGCAGAGAAGACAGCCAGGAUUUUUUCAGACAGGAUGAGAGGCAAUGGGCACAAGCCGGAAAACAGGAAAUUCUCAUUAGCUUUAUGGAAAAAAUUUUCACCAUGACAGUGGUCAAACACUGGAACAGGGGCCCAGAGAAGCUGUGGGGUAUUUAAACCUCCACUGGACAAGCUCCUGCAUGACCUGAUCUAACACAUUUUCUUUGUCCA